GUGCAAAUGUAAUUUGUUAUUUUCACUUUUAUUAAACAAAAUGUGCUUACAAUGUUCCAUUAGUGCAAAAAGAGACAAUGCAGUGUGCUUACUGUUUGUGAUCUUUAAAAACUACGACCCGAAAUAGAAAACAAAUGAAAUUGAACUAGACGGACAAGUUUGCGUUCUGGCCGUUACUCUGCUAUUGUUUCUGUUCUGAGGCAACAAACGACUCGACCAGUCGACCAACCAGUGCAGUCAUCCACUUGUCUCUCGCAUCGUUUUGAAAAAAACAACAAAAGUCGAAACUUACGUAAUUCUCCUCCACAUCCAGAUAGAACCCACAAAAAAGAAGCUAUUCUAAUUUGGUGUUUGUUUUGGUCUCCCUCUCAUAAAGACAGCAACAACUACUACCACAAAAAUGGCUGCUUCAGAUCGCAUUGAUGUCGACAAGCCGCUAUACGAUGUGUCCACAUUUAUGGGUCGAUUCCGGCAUUUCGCUUGGAUGACAGAUCCCCGUACAUGUGUUCUGUCCAAUGAACGUCUUUUGGAGGCCAAACAAUUGGUGGAAUCCUAUAAGAAAGGGGAAGCGUUGGACACGCCUCCUGAGAAAAUCAAAUAUGCUAUGAAACUGUAUCAGUCGGCUUUCCAUCCAGACACUGGUGAAUUGCAAAACUUUGCUGGUCGCAUGAGCUUCCAACUGCCCGGUGGUAUGUUGAUAACGGGGGCCAUGUUGGCCUUCUAUCGAACUGUCCCAGCGGUUGUUUGUUGGCAGUUUGUAAAUCAAUCGUUCAAUGCUGUUGUCAACUACACUAAUAGAAAUGCAAAUUCUCCGACCACAGUUACUCAGCUGGGAGUGUCCUAUGUAUCGGCGACUAGCUCGGCUCUAGUAGCCGCCAUUGGCCUUAAAGGCUAUUGGACAAGGACCGCACCACCAAUUUUCCAACGUUUUGUGCCCUUCGCCGCUGUGGCAGCUGCAAAUUGUGUCAACAUACCUUUAAUGCGCCAAAAUGAAAUUAUCAAUGGUAUCGAGGUCAAAGAUGAAAAUGGCAACAUUGUUGGAAAAAGUCGUACAGCUGCUGUCAAGGGCAUCAGUCAGGUGGUUUUAUCUCGUAUUUCAAUGGCUGCUCCUGGUAUGUUGAUAUUGCCAUUUAUCAUGGAACGCAUAGAAAAGUUUGAAGCAUACAAACGUAUUAAGUGGAUCAAUGCACCCCUCCAAACAGCACUGGUUGGAUGUUUCUUACUCUUCAUGGUACCAACGGCCUGCUCCCUAUUUCCUCAAAUAUGUGCGUUGAAUACAUCGACAAUUAAGCGCCUCGAGCCGGAAUUCUAUGAGGAAAUGGUUAAAAAUACCAAUGGUAAAGUACCUGAAAAGGUAUAUUUCAACAAAGGUCUCUAAGCAAGCAAGUCAGCAUGGGAGAGAGGGGGAGAAAGCAAGAAAAAAUUUCGACUCAGGCUUCGAACAAUGACAAUAUUUUAAAUGGUAGCAAAUGUGCCCUUAGUCAUCAGUAUUGUAUGCUGGCGACAAGGGUCUUCGUAGAGCAAAGCAUUUAAACGUUAAUGUAUUUGUGUUCCAAAGACUCAAUAGUUUGUAGUAGGCUUUAACACGUUCUUUUGUCGUCCUAUAUUAUUUAUAAAUUUUAUAUUUAUUUCUGUAUUUAGCUAUAAUGAAAUUUGUUAGGUAAUGGUCUUCUGUUUUCCCUUUUGAUGUAUGUUACUCAAAAUCAAUAACUAAUCACUUCUUAUAUUGGCUUUUUUGAUUCCAUGUAGUUAGUGUGAGUUUGAAAAGCAAUAUCGAAUAAAACUGUCCAUUGUUUGACACAAUUCUAAAAUCAAGUUGAAAAAAUGAAAUAACAACAAGGAGAGGUGGGUGUUUUUCAAAAAAUUGUCUCUUUUUUUAUUGGAAAUAUAUUUUUGUUACCUUUUACAAGUUUUACAAAUGUGCAAAAUGUAUUUCGUAUAUAUUUUGCAGUUGCUUGUUUGUUUUUUUUUUUUUUGUUUUUCAUUUUCUUUAUUUGGCAUAUUUGUUUCUCUUUUCAAAACGGUAAUUGUUUUGAAUUCAAAAUUUUCUUUGCUUUUUUGUUUUAGUUAAUCUCAACAUUAAAUUUUGCUCUAAAAUACUUUCUUUCGGUUACAUUUUUAAAAACAUUCCAAACUCUUUGUCUAAUUCUAAAAUCCAUUUAGCAAUGCAUACACUUAAAUUUCUCCAAAAUAUUGGUAAAUAGUAUCUUUUUAAACUAAUUUCUUUUUGUUUUGGUUUAUUAAUUGUGGCCGAAACUACAAAUGAAUGCAUUUCAACCCACUAAUCACUCCACAAGUAUUUGGAAAUAUAACUCCAAAUCAUUGCCAGCUGAAACAAAUACUUCUCCAUGCGGGUCUAUUUGGUUUGAGGCUCUAACUAUUUAGAGGUGGUUUUUUUCUUGACAUACACUUGAAGCAUAGUUCUCCAGUUUGUUGAUUUGUAUUUGGUUUGUGGGAGUUUGAUGGCCAUAAUUUUUAUGGAAUCUCAAUCUCACUCUCUGAAAUGUUAAUUUCUUCUUCGUUUGUUUUGUAUUUUAUAUUUUGGUUUUUGUUUUGUUGUUUCUAAUAUGUUACACAGCCUUUCGUAUAAUUUAUUUAUUUUUAUUUAUUUAUUUUUUUGCAAACGCCCUGAUGGUUCUUUGUACAAAUUCCAAAUAUAUUUUGUCUUUAAUCAAUGUGUUUUUAGUUUCACCAAUCCAGCUUGCCAAACUGCAAAUAUUAUAUACUAUUUGGAUGACAACGAACAGACUCUUAAUGUCGUAAUAAAAACUUCGUUGACAGCAA